CGGGGGUGUCAGGUGUGACCGUCACGAGGGGGUGGAGUUCCGAUUGGGAGCGGAAGGGAACGGCUCGUCGCCGGCCGGACGCUCCCUCGGCGGGCCCCGCUCUCCACCCCACUUCCGGCUGCCUGGCUGCCCCGCCGCCGUGGUCCGUGGCUGGAAGUGGGGCGCACGCACCCGGGUGGUGGUGAACAGGGAGGGCGGGCCGAGUCGCCGUCGUGCGGGGGUGGGCAGGCAGAUAAAAGGGGCCUUUGGACUGGUGAGGAAAGUGGGAAAAAGGUAGAAGACGUACGCGCGGUGGGCGGUGGCUUCCGAGGGCGACCGGAGUUAGGUCAUUCGUCAUUGGCGCCUUCAGUGGGGUGAGGAAGACACUGAAGACACAUCAAUAGAACCCCAAAAAUGGGUAAGAAAGGAAAGUGGUUUAGUGCUGUGAAGAAAGUCUUCAGCUCCUCUGAUCCAGACGGGAAGGAAGCAAAGGCUGAGAAGGCGGACAAGUCAAAAUCCAGGAGGAUAUGGCCAUUUGGCAAGUCGAAGCACUCCGAUACUUCGACCUCAACGGUGUCAGGGACUGCUCCAGUAGCUCCAUUGCCGCCGCCACCAUCAACACAACCUACUCAGCCACAUUCUCAGGAGAUCAAAGAUGUCAAUCCAGUUGAAACAGAAAGUGAGCAGAACAAGCAUGCCUACUCCGUUGCCCUUGCGUCUGCUGUUGCUGCAGAAGCUGCUGCAGUCGCUGCCCAGGCUGCCGCUGAGGUUGUCCGCCUCACGGCAGUCACCAUGGCCACACCAAAAACGCCUGUUAUUUCAAGGGAAGAACUUGCUGCCAUCAAGAUUCAGACUGCCUUCAGGGGUUAUCUGGCAAGGAGAGCACUGCGAGCACUAAGAGGGCUAGUUAGGUUGAAGUCACUAGUAGACGGAAAUGCCGUCAAGCGCCAAACCGCUCACACCUUGCAUUGCACACAAACGAUGACAAGAGUUCAAACUCAAAUCUACUCUAGAAGGGUGAAGAUGGAUGAGGAAAAACAGGCACUUCAAAGGCAGCUCCAAUUGAAACAUCAGAGGGAACUUGAGAAAAUGAAGAUUGAUGAAGACUGGGAUCACAGCCAUCAGUCAAAAGAGCAGGUUGAGGCCAGUCUACUGAUGAAACAGGAAGCUGCACUAAGACGAGAAAGAGCACUUGCAUAUGCAUUUUCUCACCAGUGGAGGAAUUCUGGUCGAACUAUAACGCCAACUUUCACGGAACCUGGGAAUCCUAACUGGGGCUGGAGCUGGAUGGAACGCUGGAUGACAGCAAGACCUUGGGAGAGCCAAGUGGCAUCAGAAAAGGAUCCUAAAGACUGUGCUCUGACAAAGAAUUCCAGCACCAGUGCCGUUCGAACGACUGUACCACGUGCCAUCUCAAUCCAUAGACCAGCAACACCAAACAAGUCGAGCCGUCCACCGAGCCGGCAAUCACCAUCAACUCCCGCAUCGAAGGGCCCCUCUACCUCAGGAAAGACCAGGCCAGCAAGUCCAAGGGGUAGCUGGCUCUACAAGGAGGAUGACUUGAGAAGCAUCACGAGCAUACGCUCUGAACGCCCAAGGAGGCAGAGCACAGGUGGAGGCUCGGUCCGGGAUGAUGCAAGCUUAACAAGUACACCACCUCUCCCCAGUUACAUGCAGUCCACAGAGUCUGCUAGGGCAAAGUCUCGGUUUCGCAGCCUAUUGACUGAGAAGCUCGAGGUUCCUGAGAGAGCACCCCUGGUCCAUUCGGCAGUUAAGAAGCGCCUGUCCUUCCCAGUUAUCGACAAAUCGAGUGUUGUGCCAACAGAUAAGCCGAAGGAAAGGGCAAGACGCCAUUCAGAUCCUCCGAAGGUUGAUCCUACCACACUGAAGGAUGUCCCUGUUGCCUGAUCAGGCCUUACGAUUGUUAGGUUCAGUUUUUCUGUUCUAUCAUGUAUUCUCUAAUUUAGAUUGUCUCCUGUUGAGGGCGACCACUUUGUGAAAUGUAUGAUUUGUCGGGGUUGAUUGUGACAAUUCUAACUGCUUACAGACAGGGUUUCCUUCCUGUGGAUUGUUGAGUUUGAUGCUAGUAGUGUGUAAGCUUGGCUUUCAAUUGUAAUGUGAACAUUUUUUGACUUCUUCCCAUGUGCAGAACUGCAGUACUUUUUCUCUGUUUUUGAA